AUGGCUCUCUCCAUCCAGUUCGCCAUUAGUUUCUCCCCGUUUAACCAUGCAUAUCGCUUUGGCCCGGUUGUAGGAGCGUUAUUAGCCAUUUUCGCCUUAAUUUUAUGGAGCCCCAAGACCACGAAUUCGACUAAGAGCAAAGCGAACAUUGCUGGCGAUGAGGGAAUCGCACGGGAAAUAGGCGGAGAAGAGGAGCCUUGCGGAUGGAACCCGGAAUCUGGAACCACGGAAUUAGACGAAUGUUUCCUUGAACUAAUCACAUAUCAAGGGAGAGAGUUUCAAAAUUACUCUGUGGAAAAUGCCAUUUAUUUUGGGCCUAUCGACGAUGAUGAAAUUGAACGACUGGAGCUACAACAUCGCGUUCUCAGCACAGUUUUCGACGAGCGAUUGAUAUUUCCUCCAGUGGACUCGCCAAAACGAGUUCUUGAUUGCGGUUAUGGGACCGGAAGUUGGGCUGUCGAAGUUGCGGAAAAAUAUCCAUCUUGUGAAGUUAUCGGGGUAGAUAUAUCUCCGCACAUGAGGCCGGAUGAAACGCCUGAGAACCUAUGGCUGCAGGUUGAUGACUUAAAUCGACCGUUCACAUUUAAACCAAACUAUUUCGACGUUGUUCACUCCAGGCUUGUCGCUUCCGGAUUGCAUAGGCAGAGAUGGCCGAGCUAUAUUAGGGAUAUAAAAAAAACGCUGAGACGUGGCGGUUGGGUACAAAUGGUCGAAAUAUACUUCAAUGUACAAUCAGAUAACGGUACUAUUACCCAUGAUCACGCCUUGAGGCAGUGGAGUUCGAAAUAUUUUCAAAGCAUCGAGGACGUGAAAGACCCUAGAGUUGCAAUGAAUUUGAAAGGCCUUCUGGAAUCUGCCGGGUUCGCCAAUAUCCAAACGACAUUGAUUAAUGUCCCUUUGGCUCCUUGGCCAAAUGACGCCCGUUUGCGUGGGAUAGGAAGCAUGAAUAGGCCAAAUGUCUAUAGCCUUCUCGGUUCGUUGGCAUUAUAUCCACUUAUGAAGCGAAUGAACAUGUCUCGAGAAGAAUUUGAGGUACUUGUCGCCCAAGCUCGCACCGAGGUAGAUAACCUAUCUCUUAAGGCAUAUUUCCCGCUAUAUGUUGCCAUUGGCCAAAAGCCGUGA